UGGAGCGGGGCGGUCGUGUCCCGUUCUGUUUUUUUUCCUUCCCGUUAUCAUUUAUAUUAGGUUGUUAGAAAAAAUGGCUUUAAAUCAGGACACAAUUUUAACCUUUUUAUUGGAGCACGGCGGCAAGGUUACAAACGCAGAACUGCUGAACUGUUUUAAAAGUCAAAUACACUGCGGCGAUCCCGCGGGAAAGCAACACAAUAGGGACUUGUUCAAGAAGUUGGUGAACAGCGUUGCCGUGGUCAAACAGAUCGAUGGUGUCAAGUUUGUGGUCACAAAGAAAAGAUUCCGGGACUUUGUGAAGGGAGACGGCGAAGGGCUGAAAUCGGGGGACGGUGUUGCCCAUGAAGACCCAUCACUCCGGACCGCUGCUUCGCCUCUCCACAGCACCGAUCAAGCCGAGUCUGCAGAAAUACUGCACAACCUACAAAACAACAAUGCGUGUUAUUCCUUCAAUUUAAGCGGUAAUUUCAAGGAUGACACCAUAUAUAAUCAUUUCGAGGCCAUGGCUCUACCGAUUAAUACAAACAGCUGCACUGAAAAUGAGCAGUCACUGAAGAUUCUUAAUAUUUCAAGUGAUUACGUGUGUAUAAAAGGGGAAAGCGGUGCUGUCUUUGCUGUUGUAUCGGUGAGUUCACCCCCUCGUACCCCGAUACGAGUACGACCUCAUGAUUUCAAUUCGGAGACGCCAUCUGAAUAUACAACUCCAGAUAAGCCAUUUCCAGUCAAGUCCCUGUCACAAACAGUACCAGCCGUGAACCGCUUUUGUCAAAUAUUUGAGAGGAAUACACACGCGUCGAAAUCUUGUGAAAACUUAACGGAGCUGAUGUUAAAUGGCCAGGGCUCCCCUACAGAUACGGGGUCCCAAAGCUCCAUGACGAGAAAAGUUGAGGAUUCAGAUUCCGUUCCUUUGGAUCCAAUCGCUCACGAGUGGCUGGUCAAGUGUAGUGCAGGAAUGUGGAGGCACGUUUACGGGUUGCUUUUACUGGACACACAGUUGGUGAACAAGAGAGACUUCUUGUCUGGCUUCACAGCCCUCCACUGGGCUGUAAAGGGGGGCAACGGCGAGAUGGUGCGCAAGAUCAUGGACAUCUCCAAGAGCAAAGGCACCUGCGUGGACGUCAACAGCAAAACACACGGAGGCUACACACCUCUGCACAUCGCGGCCCUCCAUGGUCACAGUGACAUCAUCACUCUCCUGGUUCAGGGUUACGGAGCCAGGGUCAAUGUAAGGGAUAACGCUGGGAAGAAGCCCUACCACUACCUGGGGACAUGUGGGACGUUGGAACUUAAAGAGCUUCUGGGUGGGAGGCAGAGGGAACACUGCAGAGACCCAUCCGAAGAGGAGGAGUACAGAUUGCUGCUGCCUAAAGGCCUGAACACCAUCAGUAAACUGUUUCAGCCCCACAUGGGGCACCGCAGGAAACACAGACACCAGCAGCCACCAGGCUUUGCUGUUUGGGAUGGCUUUUAAACAGGAUUGUAAAACAAUUGAGGUCAACAUUUAACAGUGUCAAACUUCCGACAAAUUGUCCUGGGCCUCAUUUCCAAGCGGAUUUGGUCCAUGAGUAAAUUUUUUAACAUUGUAAAAAAAAUGAGUGCCACUAUAGUAUGUAUAACGAUGUUUGUAUUAAAAUCUCUAUUUUUGUAUACUAAUACGUACAUUCUUUAAAGAUAACAAUGUAAUGUAGGCCUAUGGAAAUGUGUCAUUGGAGGAGUUUUUUCGCUAAUGUCAACAGUUCCACAAACUCAAACGAUAAGUUGUAAGCAUUUUCUACAACAAAGUGACACCAACUCAACAUUAUUCACCCAUCUAACAAAUCUUUAUUCGAGUCACAAAGGGGAUAUUCUCGGCUCUGGAUAAACAUGGGAGGGAGGUAUGUACUAGUGGGUUGGUGUGUGGAGGCAGUUUAUGCAAAGCAGACACAGAUUGGACAGUGGAAUGUUGCUCUUUCCUUAUAUUAUUUCCAUUGGGAGAGUGCAAGGAUUGAGGAAAGCCUCUUCUUCCAUAGUCCAUUCAUAGUCAUUUGAGUGAAUUAGUCAAAUACAAUCAUUAAGUAGGUAUUUCUUUAAACAUUCGUUUUAGCCUGAAAAAGUCUAAUUCGAUUUAUGAAUUUAAGGUAUUGUAGCAGGGGACCUGACCCCCGCCAUCUUGGUGGUUUUACUGUUCUCAAUUUAUUCAUGAGUUU